AUGGCAUCGGCCUCCCAAGCGGCGAGGCUCUGCGCCUUUGCGUGCCGCAGGGCCUCCAGAACACAGCAUCUGCCCCGGGCGCAGCAGAUGGCUCGACCAGACGGUGCUGCUCGUCGAGCGUUCAGCACGUCCCCUGCGCGUCGGGCCAGGCAACGGGCUGAGAGGGAGGAAGACGACAACGACGAGGAAGACGCGCUACAGAACCUGGACCUGAAGACGAUGGACAGAGACUUUGCCGAGCUGGCCACGCCAAAGGGACUGCGGCAGCUGGACGAGCUGGCCAAGAGCAACGGCUACGGCACAAUCGACGAGUUCCUGACGUCCAAGCUGAGAGAGACGCCCGGGUGGGCGCCGGAAGAUCGAUCGCUGGAGGAGGAGUUGCUCCAAGACGACAUUGGAGAGAAGCCGAACAAGUCCUCGUUUUGGUUUGACGAGGACGACCCGGAGACGAAUACCGAGGAGCACGACGAGUUUGACGAAGACGACAUCACGUCCAUGGCCCACGGCAAGCUGGAGGAGGUGCGGGAGAUGAGGCAUUACGCCCGCCUGGCGGCUUGGGAAAUGCCCCUUCUCGCACAGUUCGCCAAGCCGUUUGAGCCGCCCAAGGAAGACCAAGUCCUCCGAUGGCGGUUCACCACCUACAUGGGCGAGUCGCACCCCGCCGAGAAGAAAGUGGUCGUGCAGUUCGCCCCAGACGACCUGAAGCUCACCCCCGUGCAGGCGGAGAAGCUCAAGAAGCUCGCCGGGCCGCGGUACGACCCCGAGACGGAGUUUGUCAAGAUGAGCUGCGAGAGCUACGAGCACCAGGCGCAGAACAGGCAGCACCUCCUGGCGCUGGUGAACGACCUCGUCGCGGCGGCCAAGGACCCCGAGGAUACCUUUGAAGAUGUGCCGCUCGACCUGAGGCACCGCCGGGUCAAGGCGAAGCCCAGGUUCCCCAGGGAAUGGAGGAUGACGGACCAGCGGCGGCUGGAGCUGGAGGAGCAGCGCAGGCAGCAGGCCAUCGGGGAUCUGGAGAGGGCGGAGAAGGGGCUGCUGGUGGAUGGCCAGAAGGCGAUUGAUGGCUAUCUGAUGCAGCGGGUGAUUGAGGAGCAGGAGCAGCAGGCCAGGGCGGCCGAGAUGGCGACUGCGGCGAAGACUAGGGCUAGGAGGUGA